UCUAUCUCUCUUUCUUAAGACGAAUUUGUAUUCGAAUUACUUUUUGGUAUCUUUAUACUUAUAUAUAUAUAUAUCUUCUGUUUAUUUAUUAAGAGAACUCUUGUUUCUGGGGAAUUGAAUAUUGGGAUUUCACACAUACAUAUAUACAUACAUAUACACAUACGAAUAGAGACAAGAUGUCCAACACCAACACCAAUUCCAACGACGAUAUGAAAAGCACAUCUGCUCUAAGCGAUUUGCUGCCCUCAUUUAAAACUCCCGGUGUCCAAAAUAUAGAAUCAGCGUACUCCCGCGCUGGAGCGAGUAAUAACCAUACACCUGGCUACGCAUCCACACUAGGUUCGCAGUCGCAGAAACCGGGGAGUGAGAUGGAGCAGGGGGUGGGGAGUGAGAAGUUUGGUGAGGGGAUUAGUGAUCAGAGGGUUGAGCCAUCUGCUGUGGGCAAACUAUUCAAUAACUUAAUAAAUGGUACGGAUAAAUCGAAGUGA